AUAAAACACACACAUAUUUAGAUAUAUAACUGAUUUAUAGAAAAUAAUAUGGUGUGUAUGUGUUUUUUUACGUCAUAACGAUGAGCCUGUCAGUAACAGAAAUGUCCGUUGAUGGAUUUAAAUGUUGUAGGCACACCUCUUGGAAUGAGACGCUGGACGCUUUUAGUUGCCAGGUAGCAAACAAGCGAAAACAAUAUUUUAGUGGAUGCCUUUGGGACAAAGUUUCCGAAAGGAAAGAAAAAGUCUCACAGUAGUUACAAAAUACCCUGAACAUUGUUAGAGACGAAGAGUUUUGUUCACAAGGACGCCGGGCUGUCUUCUGCUACUUUCGGGACUAGUUAUGUCCUCGUCCAAGGAAGAUGCAUUAUCCCCAGAGGAGCUGAGGAAACGACUUUAUCAAACUUUUAAGAACAAAGGAGUGCUUGAUGCUCUCAAGGCACAUCUGCGGAAUCAGUUCAUCCAGGAAUUAAAGUAUCCACCAUUGACAGGAGCUGAACCAGGUCCCAGGCCAGUACCAGUGAAAUCUGAACCCCUUCUCGUUUCAGCUUGUAACAGCAUAGUGGCAGAUCAUCUCCGUGCUUCAGGGUAUGAAUACACUCUUUCUGUAUUCUACCCUGAAAGUGGCCUAUGUAAAGACAAGAUCUUCAAGAAAGAAGAUCUUCUCCAGCUUCUUCAAAUCAGUCCCGCAUCACCCCUUUGCACAUUCUUGCAGUCUAAUGAGGAAAAUAACAGUAAAGGGUUUCUGUUCAACCUUCUAACACAACUUACACACCAUCAUACUCAAAGCCUGGGCCAUGAUGUGGAUACUCAAACAAUCAACUUAUCAAAUUAUGGCGAGUCUCUUGUAGAAAAGAUGAAAAUGAUUGAUAAGGAAUAUGAGAGCUUCAGUUCCAAGGAAGAUAAAAUGUUUUCAUUCCAAUCAAAACUGGCUGCCUAUAGAAAUGAGACUAUAGCACAGAUGGAAGCAGAAAUGAACACAAAGCUGCAGCAUUUUAAAGAAGUUGAGAUUGCUAAGAUGAAGACAGAAGAAAAAUCAAAGUUCUAUAAAGAACUUGCUAAACUGAAGCAAGAACUGGAAAAGGCGUAUGAAAUGAAGGCAAAGGCACUGAUGGAACGAGAGAAAAAUGCCUUUGAAAAGUUACAAAAACAGCAAGAGAUUGAAGAAAAAAAUGUCUACAUACAGAGACAGUCUGUGCUGAAAGAAAUUGAAAAACUACGUAACAGAGAAAGCGAGCUGAGGGUGAGAAUGGAGGCUUUUGAAAAGACUUGCCAAAUUCACACGGAGAAGGUCAAGGCUACCGAUGAGCUUCUGAGGAGGAGAGAGCUGGCUGUGAGGACAAUAGAGGACACAUAUGACCAGAAACUGAAGAAUGAACUUGCCAGGUGUCAGCUUGAGUUAAAGGAGGACUAUAUCAAAAGAACUGAAAGCCUUACAGAGAGUGAGAACAGAAAUAAAGUGGAAACUGCUCAAAUCCAAAAGGAGGCAGCUGUGAUUAAUGCCCAAUUAGAAGAACAUAACAGAGCUUGUAGAGAGAUGAAACGGUUGCAGGAUGAGCUAGACACAGCACAGCAGCAGAUUUCACUGCUGACUCAGCAGAAGGAGCUCUUACGGGAAAGACUGGAGAGCACAAGUGACUACCCCAUUAUGAAGAGACAGAAAGCAGAGCUGCAGGGGCAGCUGCAGCUGCUACAGAAACAGCUGGAGGAAUCCCAAGAGGAGAACCUCCGUCUCCAUGCUGAAAUGACCAAGCCAUCCAAAGAGCAACUGGCCUUGCAGAGAGAGCUUCAGAGGCUGCAGAAUGCUCGCAGACUGGAUGAGGAAGAGUUUGACAGCCAGAAACAGGUGCUGCAGGCACAGCUCCAAAAUGAGGUGGAGCUCUGUGCUCAGCUCAAGGCUCAGCUGAUUGACAGUGAAGAGAGGUCACAGAGGUUGAUUAAGGAUGUCGAGGACAUCAAGAUGCAGCUUUGCCAAACCCAUCAAAUGAUGGCAGCUCUUGAAAAUGAAGUGCUGCGUAACCCCAAGCCUUCUCUUGUUGAUCGCUCGGUACUGGAGCUAAGCACUGACAAGCUGGUUCCUCCUGACAUCUAUACAGACAGAGCUCUGCUGAGGGCCAGGGUGGGUUAUGUUGAUGUUUGUGAAGCAGGUGGGCCCUCACGAGGACACACGUCUCCUUGGAUAGAUUCUCCCGACUCUGACAUUGAGCUGGUGGCAGAAGCCAAGGCUCGCAUCCAGGAGCUGCAGAGAGAGACUGAAACCUUGGAGGAAGCCUACAGGAAAUACCAGCAGAGGGCAGUGUACUCCACUAUCUCACACAUGCUUCCCUCAAGACCCCUUUCCCCACAACCAGCACAUUCUCCACAUCAUCCCAACCCUCUUAGAAAACAGGACUCUCACCAUUCACACAUUCAUUCAACCCACAAAUCAAAAAUGUCACUCAAACCACUCUCGCCUCAAAGAGUCCAAUCCCCCAUCUUGGUUUCCCACGACACCAGAAACCCCUCAACACAUGCACAGCACAGCGUUACUUUCUCUGAAGACCAGCUCCCUGCAAGCGUUGUCACUGACCACAGGCACCACCUUGAGACUGAAUCUUUAUUUUUGAGAGAUGAACAACCUCAGGACCAAAGUUUUACUCCAUCCAACCACCCAUCCUACACACCGAAGACCUUUUCUGAGAAGGAACUUGAAAGAGAAAGCACAGAAGAGGCAGUUGUAUCUCUAGUCACAUUCCCUCAGCUGCCAUCUGACCGACAGAUCUCUCGUGGCCCUCUCAGUGAGGGGGCAACCUUGGGUGACUUUUCUCCAGAGCUCAGUCCACCUCACAGCCCCCAACUCAAGAGCACAGCACGAGAUCAGUCCAGUUCACCAAAGUUACAGCCUGUGUUCUCCAGCUCAGACUCUUCCCCACAGCCUGAGAAGAUUAAUCUAGAAGAUCUCACAGUUAUAUCAUCAGAGCCCGGCCACAUUCCACAGCUUCUCCUGGACACUGCUGUCCCUCUCUCUGAGGAGGCCCCUGAUGGCCCCACCACCCCCCACCCUCAGGACCUCCCAGAAGACCCAACAGACUUGCAAGGUCAACCGGAAGUUCCACAGACUUCAAGUGAAUCUGCCAGGAUGGAAGAAGAGGAAGACGAUGAGCAAAGAUGGGAAAGGGAGCGAAAAGAAAGACAAGAGCGAAGGCAGAAGGAGUUAGAAGAAGCCAAGGAGCGAGAACGGCAAGAACUGGAGCGACUGGAGAAAGAGAUGCUUUUGCAAGAGGUGGAGCAACCAGAACAAGAAGAAAAAGAAAUGGAGGUUAAGAAAGAAGUGGAUGAGGAAGAGAAGGAAGAGGCAGAUAAUAAGGAGGCAAAAGAUCAAAAUCCAUUGGAGAAAUACAUGAAGAUGGUCCUGGAAGCAAGAGAGAAGCAACAUAUGCAGAACCCUGUAAGAGAGGAGACAGGACAAACAAGCCCAGAGGACAAGAGUUUGUCUGAGGAAAAAGAAGAAAGUAUUGCAGCAUUUUCACCUAAAGAAGAGGAGGAUGAUGAUUUCUGGUGAUCUGAUUGCCUUGAGUCAUAAGCAGAUUUCUACAUGCCUCUGUCUACUUGUAAAAUUUGAAGAGGGACAGUUUUGUUUGUAACAUUUUGUUUUAUAAAGUGUAUUUUAUUGUUUUGGGUGGGGGUGUUAAUGCAUUCAUAGAUUUUUUUUUUAACUGUACAUUGUCAAACAAGAAACACACACAUUUAAAACAAUAACUUUUUUCAGUUUAUUUGAAUAAAAACAGUCAUCAGGCCAGUUGAGUCAUGUCAUAAAGGGGUUUCCAGUCAGACAGCGUGCUUGUUGGUUGAUUGAUGUCCUCCUGGUGAUUGAGAGCCAGCCUUUCUUUUUUUUUUUUUUUUUGGUUCAUUCAAUAGGAAA